UUAAAAUUUGAAGAGUUGAGAAAUUAAGAGAGGCCAUUUUCCUUUGAUUAAAUUGAAAUUAAUAAUUAGAUUUGAAAGUCUUUGCCAUUAAAAUUAGAGAGAAAGAAAGAAUGGAUGUGGAUUAUGACACCACAUUCCCAUUCGCUUAAAAAGCGAGCUCCAAACCCUAACCUCUGAACUUUCUUCUUAUUCUUCUCUCCUGCUAUGUCAGUUAGCUACCUACCUAUGUGAUCUUUUACUCUCUCGAGCUGUGAUUCGUUGUUUACUCUUUGCUUUCGGUGGAAAAGUUUGAGAUCGACAACGAGGAAAGUUUCCGCGGGAUUUCUCUUUUUCUUAGUGAAGGUCAUCAGUGGUAAUAGUGGCCGAAAGAAUUUUGAUUUUUUUUUUUUUUGACAUUCUGAUGUUUCAUUUGCAAUAAUUGUAUCAAUCUGCGGUGAAUUUUCAUCUAGGCCUCCAUUUCUGUACUCAAUUUCCGAUACCAUUCUUCCUUCCAAUGUUAAUUUCAUAUGUUGCUUUAAUUGCCUAAGAUUUCGUCUCAAAAUUUGACACUCAAUUCUAAUCUCACCGGUUCCGAUUCGUGUUUGAAACACUGUAGUAGCAAAACUGGCUCUGUCUAUUUUUCGGUUCUGAAAGAGUGAUAAUUUUCUUUUAACCUUCAAUAAUGGCCCUACGGUAUAGGCCGGUUUUGAUAGAGGAAUUGCCAUCACAUUUGAUUUUGGAAAUUUUGAUCUGUGGGAGGCUCAGCGCCGUUGAUCUUGCAUGCUUAGAGUUGACUUCUAGGACCUUUGGAGGAAGUCACGGAUUGUACCCUCAUAAGUUUCGGUCAUUGGUGGAUUUUGCUGCAUUUCAGCUAUGUAUCUCCAAUUCUACAUAUUCUCGUCUGGGACUGAAUCUUCAGAGGGAACUCUGCAAUCGUUGCAGUGGGAAUUGGAAACGGGUUUUAAGGUUCUUGCAAUCUGUGGAGCAAUCUUCUGACAUAGUGGAGACCUCAGCAGGCAAUAUGCAAAUUACCACUGGAAAGUAUCACACAUUCCUGAUCAGUAAUUCGUCAGUGUACUCAUGUGGUUCUGGCUUGUACGGUCUUCUUGGUCAUGGAUCCGAAACUACGCAGUGUGUAACAUUUACGCGGAUUAGCUUUCCAUCUAAAGCACACGUGGUCCAAGUCUCAGCUUCCCAUAAUCAUGCUGCUUUUGUCAUGCAAUCUGGAGAGGUGUUCACAUGUGGGGACAAUUCAUCAUUUUGCUGUGGACACAAAGAUACAAAUCGCCCCAUUUAUAGGCCUAGGCUUGUUGAAGCAUUGAAGGGAGUUCCUUGCAAACAGGUUGCUGCAGGUCUUAAUUUUACGGUGUUCCUCACAAAGCAAGGUCAUGUUUAUUCAUGUGGAACUAACACACAUGGCCAACUUGGUCAUGGUGACACAAUGGAUAGACCGACACCUAAACUCAUUGAACUGCUCAAGGAAGUUGGCUCUGUUGUUCAAAUUGCUGCUGGUCUGAGUUAUGUGUUGGCUGUAAUGGAUGAUGGAACAGUCUACUCCUUCGGGUCAGGUUCAAAUUUUUGUCUUGGUCAUGGCGAGCAACACGCUGAGUUCUUACCACGUAUAAUCCAGAGAUUCAGGAGAAAUGGCAUUCAUGUGGUUCGAGUGUCAGCUGGUGAUGAACAUGCGGUGGCCCUUGAUUCCAGUGGAUACGUGUAUACUUGGGGAAAAGGCUACUGUGGUGCAUUGGGCCAUGGAGAUGAGAAUGACAAGACCACACCACAACUCUUGAACAUCGUCAAAAGCAAUGUUGCUGUGCAGGUCUGUGCACGAAAGAGGAAAACCUUUGUUCUAAUCGAUUCUGGCUCGGUUUAUGGUUUUGGUUGGAUGAGUUUUGGUAGUCUCGGGUUUCCUGACAGGGGAGCAUCUGACAAAGUCACCAGGCCUCAAAUUCUUGACUGUUUAAGAGAUCACCAUGUUUCUCAAAUUAGCACGGGGCUAUACCACACUGUUGCAGUCACAAACCGAGGGCGAAUCUUUGGAUUCGGAGACAACGAAAGGGCACAGCUUGGGCAUGACACUUUGAGAGGGUGCCUUAGACCUACAGAAAUUUUUGUAGAAGAAAUGACUGAUGGGUUGGAUCUUAUACCAGACACUGACAGUGCGUAACCUCCAGAUCUUACCAUUGAAUGUAGGUUAGUGCUAAGUCUACAUGCCCAAGAUGAACAUAAUAAGUUUUUAUAUCCCAAUGUAAACAGAAUAUCCUAAAUUUACGUUAUUGUUAGAGGGUAAAUAACUGUUGUUAUUUAAGAGUUCAUAUGUAACUUGUGAUAGUUUUAAUUUAUCCAUAUUCUGUAAUAAUACUGCAGAGAUUAAAUGUAUUUUAUUCCACAUAUUUAAUGCUUCCUUUCAAACUCA